AUGAAAACUAGAAGCCCGUUUCGGAUCAUUAUUGUUGGGGGAGGCAUAGCGGGCCUCACGGCCGCCAUUGCCCUUCGCGCGCCCAACAGGCGGAUUACAGUGCUAGAACAGUCGCGCCUGAAUACAGAAAUUGGUGCACUGAUCUCUCUACAGCCAAAUGCGACUAAGAUUGUAUACGAUACUUUUGGAUUAGGCAAGGAGCUCGAAGAUGCUCGGGGCUUGGUAGAUGAAGGUUUCCGGGUUUACUCGACCGACGGAGAGCUGGUAAACCAUAUUCCUUUGACUACCAAGAACGAGUAUGGGGCUAGUCGGAUUGUAUACCAUCGGAGGGACUUACACGAUGCACUGAAGAAGGCAGCUCUCUGCACAAACAGAGAUGGGCACCCAGUCGAGAUUAAAGUCUCCUCUCGCGUGGUGGCAUGCGACCCUUUGCAUGGAAGUGUGGAGCUCGAAAAUGGCGACAAGCUGGAAGGUGAUGUUAUUAUAGGAGCGGAUGGGAUCCAUAGUGGCCUUCGGAAGUAUGUUUUGGAUAGCAAUGUCGUGCCAACGCCGACGGGUCAUUCUGCUUAUCGGCUUAUGAUUCCUUCGGACAUUCUUCAAGACAAAGAACCCGAAUUCUGCAGUAAGAUCGACCCGAGAAGUCCAUUCACAUCGAUGAUGGUCGCGCAUAACUGUCGUCUCGUUAUGGGCCCCGGGAGACAAGGCGAUGUUUUUGGGAUUGUGGCGCUGGUUCCAGAUGAUCAAAUAAAUGAGGACCCAAAUGCGAAUCAGUCCUGGGUUUCGAAAGGCAACCUGACAAAGAUGUUGGAUACAUUCGCGGAGUUUCCUAGCUGGGUAACAAGCAUUUUCAAACAUUCUUCAGAUCUCGGACUGUGGCAAUUGCGUGAUAUUGAUCCUCUUAGCACGUGGCACCGGGGGCGACUCAUAUUGAUUGGAGACGCCGCACAUGCGAUGCUGCCCACGCAGGGACAGGGAGCCAGCCAAGCAAUUGAAGACUCUGAGGCGCUGGGUGCGUUCUUUAAGCGAAGCGAAGAGGGCUAUUCUCUCGAAGAGAUUAGCGCAAUACUUCAAGACAUUUUUCGCAGCCGACACGACCGUGCAAGUCUUAUUCAAGCGUACAGUCGACAUGCAGCAAAACCGGGCACUGCAAAAGGAGAGAAGACUGUCACAAUGAAACCGGACGAGUUCAUGGCAUUUAACUGCAAGUACAGCGGUGCGAAGGACUGGCUAGAUCGGCAGCCUGUUUUUAUUGUCUGA